GAGGCGCUACCUGUACGGAUCCCAAGCGACCCGGGCACGUUCAAACGCCUUAGCGGUUCCUAUAGCAACGACGAACCGGAAGUAUGGUCUGCCGCCGGAAGCGGAAGUCCCAAUCAAAGAGUUGAGCAGUAGCUUUGAGUUGCUGGCGCUGGUGCGACUUGGUGGCACGUGGAUCCAAGGCGUGGGAGUAGGGGGCUGAAGGCAGGCAGCAGCGGCCAGGGCCGCCCUCUGCUAGCGGCUUGGGUCUCGGGAUACCCGGCUUCUUCCCGUAGGUGUGGGACGGGCGUGCGGCUAGAUGGACACUCCCCCGCUCUCGGGUUCGGAGUCGGAGUCCGAUGAUUCCCUAGUCACAGACAGAGAGUUGCAGGAUGCGUUUUCCCGAGGGCUUCUGAAGCCAGGCCUCAAUGUCGUGCUAGAGGGGCCGAAGAAGGCCGUGAACGAUGUGAAUGGCCUGAAGCAGUGUUUGGCAGAGUUCAAGCGGGAUCUGGAAUGGGUUGAAAGGCUCGAUGUGACACUGGGUCCGGUGCCGGAGAUCGGUGGAUCUGAGGCGCCAACACCUCAGAACAAGGACCAGAAAGCUGUUGAUCCAGAAGACGACUUCCAGCGGGAGAUGAGUUUCUACCGCCAAGCCCAGGCCGCAGUGCUUGCAGUCUUACCCCGCCUCCAUCAGCUCAAAGUUCCUACCAAGCGGCCUAGUGAUUAUUUUGCAGAAAUGGCCAAGUCUGAUCUGCAGAUGCAGAAGAUUCGACAGAAGCUGCAGACCAAACAGGCAGCCAUGGAGAAGUCUGAAAAGGCUAAGCAGCUGCGAGCACUUAGGAAAUACGGGAAGAAGGUGCAAACAGAGGUUCUUCAGAAGAGGCAACAGGAGAAAGCACAUAUGAUGAAUGCUAUUAAGAAAUAUCAGAAAGGCUUCUCUGAUAAACUGGAUUUCCUUGAGGGAGAUCAGAAACCCCUGGCACAGGGCAAGAAGGCAGGAGCCAAAGGCCAGCAGAUGAAGAAGGGGCCCAGUGCUAAACGACGGUAUAAAAACCAGAAGUUUGGUUUUGGUGGAAAGAAGAAAGGCUCAAAGUGGAACACUCGGGAGAGCUAUGAUGAUGUAUCUAGCUUCCGGGCCAAGACGGCCCAUGGCAGAGGCCUCAAGAGGCCUGGCAAGAAAGGAUCAAAUAAGAGACCUGGAAAACGAACAAGAGAGAAGAUGAAGAACAGAACGCACUGAACAGCAUCUUUGAAUACAAAGAACCAAGAAAAAGGAAUGAAGACUUUGCAAUUUCACAACACACUUUCAUCCCUUCUGUUGGUAUCAUAUUGUAAACAUUUCUUUCAAUAAACUAAAAAAAAAUAUUAAA